AUGGACUGUUUCUCUGGUGAGGAUAAACGCCGCAACGACUACUUCCUCCGUAUUAUGCAACAACAUGGCAUUGAGAACCGCAGUGUACAUCGCAUCCUCCUCAUUGGCACUGGUGAGUCGGGCAAAUCGACCUUCGUGAAGCAGCUUAAGCUGCUCAGUUCUCCCCACGGGACAUUUCCCGAGGCCUAUCGAUCUAAAUUCCUAACCGAGAUUCAGCGGAACAUCAUCCAGGCUCUGGCCAACAUCUGCACGUUUAUGAUCGCGGAGGACAUCCCACUGGAGAAUAGCCACUCCGAAGAGAUGGUAGACCUUCAACGGAAAGUCAUUAAGAUCUAUGAGGAAGUGAGGAUUAAUCCCGAUGCAAUUGCACGGUACACGGUGGACGCUGAUAGUGAGACCCGGGACAAAUUCUUCGGCAUGUGCGCGAGCCUCUGGUCUGAUCGUGCUGUGCGGGCUACUCAGGAACGUGGAAACGAGUUUCAACAAAUCGAUAGUGCAAGUUACUUUCUGGAAAAACUGAAUGUCCUUCGACAACCAGACUACUUGCCUAGUGAUAAGGAUGUGCUCCAAUGUCGAACGCGGACUCUUGGUAUUCACACGGAGUCACUUGUCUACAAUGGCAUCCCUUUUGAGAUGGUGGAUGUCGGUGGGCAACGGGAACAGCGAGCAAAGUGGAUUGAAGCGAUGACAGAUGGAGUGACAGCGGUGAUCUUCCUGACUGACGCCUCGGCAUAUGACACGAUGCUGGAGGAGGAUCACAGUGUGAAUCGUCUACGAGAAUCCUAUCAGCUGCUGGGUCAGGUUUGGACGAAAAGUCUAUUGAGGGAUAAAUCCUUUAUCCUCUUUCUCAACAAGCAGGAUAAGUUGGCCGACAAGGUGAGAUCAGGAAAAAAUCCGAUUCUAAAAUUCUUUCCCGAGUACAAAAAGGGACAGGUGAAGUUUACGAUUACUUUUCUAACUGCCUCUAAUGCCGUGUUAGGGAGGCAGGACGAGAUGGGGGCUAUGAGUAUGGAAGAGGUUUCGAUGGAGGAAUAUAAUGAGGUGCAGACUACGUUAAAUAAGGCGCUCCACGGAGAGGCUAUAACAACCUGGCCUUUGACAGGGGAUGUAAGGGAAAGCACAAUUGACACCCUAAUGAACGACAUUGAGUUCAUGCAACUGUUUCGGAAACUAAUGAGCGUGGCCUUGUACCGUACCGUCACGGUGACCCACUUUAUCAAAACUCUUUUUCUAGCCCAGUGCGAGGAAACAAAAACGCGAAAGAUUUACCCUUUUCCCACGACAGCGAUUGAUAAACGCAAUGUCAUCCGAGUGUUUGACUCCUACAUUCCUACUCUUCCAAACAAUUUGCGACUAUCCGCUCUUAAUCAGUCCACAAUAUUUUUACGAUGGAAGAAUGACAGACAAGUCCCAAAUUCUCUUAUCUAUGAGAUUCAAGUUACGGGGCCUCAAAACAAAAGUUCAAGUGUGUCUGCCGCGCAACAGAAGCUAGUUGUCAAUGGUUUGAGUCCAUACUCAAAAUAUUUUGUUCGUCUCACUCCUCGUGACCCGAUUGGUCUCGGGCCAGUUAGCUUAAAUGGCAGUGUCUGCACGAAACCCGGUACCCCCACAGCAGCGCCAAAUAUCACCCUUACCUCUUUCACCAAUACCUCUGCUACUUUUAACCUCUCAGCCGGCGAUAUUACUCCCCUUAGUGACAAUUCCUUUUCCUGUCCGGGGUCCUACAAACCACCCGAGCACCUUUUCGGCCCUUUCUUUGGUUUUCGACUAGCCUUGGAGAUGCUGUUCUUUCGAAAAACCAUCAAUGUCACACUAAUCAAUAACCAAACCGAGUCCUACACCGUGGAGCAACUGUUGCCAUACACGUCUUAUCGUGUAAAUGUGUCUAUUUAUAACGGUCGAACGUUCGGACCUCCAUCGGUCCUUAAUUUCACGACGCGAGAGGGUCUACCCGACCCUCCUCUACUCCAAGUGGAAUCUCGUUCCAUAGACUCCCUUCGAGUCAGCCUCACUUCUUCCGACAACCGCGGUGUCGUGUUGGGCUAUCUCAUCAAGUGGACAGAAUGCAGUAACUCAUCGACAGUGGCGUCAGCGGAGACGGAGGAGACGUACUUUGCCAUACAGGGGCUUCGGAAUGCCACUUGCUAUCAAAUGCAAGCUGCUGCGAGGACCAGUGUUGGGUUGGGUGAUUUUAGCCUCCUUACACAGGACUUUACUUCUUGCCCCGACUUCCCUCCGCCCACGUUGUUCAACAUCUCGGCCACAUUGGAAGGAAUCAAGGUUUCCUGGGUAUACGCCGACCCCCCAUCUUCCCCGGAUGGCAACCAUUGCUUCCUGGCCUGCAUGCAAUCCACCAUCUCAAGCAUCUGUGAGGAAGUCACCUUCAAUUCCACUUUCCGGGAUAAUGGAAUUUUCUCGUACACCUUUCCCUUCCGUGGUGUGAAUCUUCUUGGGGGUCAAGAAAUCGUCCUCAAAUUUACUGUGCGGUCGGUCUGUCGGCCCCGCGACUGUAAAAUUGAUUGGCCUUGUCAGGCUCUCGGUGCCACCUCCAAUGUUCUCCAGCUCGAUCUGGAUCACCUAGCAGAAAUGUUUUCUCGACCGGCCGAAUUCGGUGAGUUGAGUGACAAAGCAAUCGGUGGGAUUAUUGGUGCCGUCUUCGCAAUUUUCCUCAUGCUUUGCUGUGUUGGGGCGCUCUCCAUUUUCUACUGUCGUUCCUCGCGGGUCUACAAGCGUCGCGGCGUGGUUGGUAGCCUGGGAGACGACUUUGGUAUGGGCUGCGGAGGUGGCGAUCGGACAGACGAUGCGCGUACCCCGCUGGUCACACCGAAGAUGCGUAGCUUCGAGGACAGUCCGUACAAGCCCAUUCCAGCCGAGCGACUGGCGCAACACGUGGCCAGCUAUCAUGUGGACGAUGAUGCAGGCUAUCAGGCGGAGUUUGAGGCGAUUGAACAAAGUGUCCGCACCAGCUGGCCAACGUCGGUCGCUCGUCUGCCGGAUAACAUGGCCAAGAAUCGCUACACCAACGUUUUCCCCUUGAUCCGGGAAUUCUUCGCUCUCCUUAUUCACGGCUAUGGUCAGUUGGAAUUCUCUGCUGCUUCCUUUGCCUUUCGCGCCCAUCCCGAAUUCGUACGUCGAUGGGGCUGA